GGGGUGGGUUUGGCGUGCAUCUGCUUGAUGGGGACGGGAGGACAGGGGUUAAAAUACGCCGGCGGGAGCCUCCUUCCCUAUCCUGACGGAGCUGGCGAAUCGGUCGCUGCGGACGGGAAAAGUGCUUUCCUUCCGCGCCGGCUGAAGCGAGGCAAUGAAUGACUGGGCCCCCAUAGCAAAGGAGUAUGACCCCCUCAAAGCUGGGAGUAUUGAUGGCACUGAUGAAGAGCCCCACGACCGUGCCAUAUGGAGGGCUAUGUUGGCACGCUAUGUACCCAACAAGGGAGUUACAGGAGAUCCUCACCUCACCCUGUUUGUAGCAAGGCUCAACCUUCAGACAACAGAAGAGAAGUUAAAGGAGGUCUUUUCCCGGUAUGGAGACAUCAGAAAGAUCCGUCUGGUUCGAGAUCUGGUCACAGGAUUUUCCAAGGGUUAUGCGUUUAUUGAGUACAAAGAGGAGCGUGCUCUCUUGAAGGCCCACAGGGACGCUAACAGGCUGGUUAUUGAUCAACAUGAGAUCUUUGUAGACUUCGAACUGGAAAGAACUCUCAGAGGAUGGAUUCCUCGGAGGCUUGGAGGUGGUUUUGGAGGCAAAAAAGAAUCUGGGCAGUUGCGGUUCGGAGGACGGGACAGACCUUUCCGAAAGCCCAUCAAUUUGCCUAACGUGAAAAACGAUUUCUUUGGAGAAGGAUCCUCAGAGAAAAGGAACUGGUCUCGUGAGGGAACAAGGGACUGGAGAACAAGGGACCGAGACCAUGAGAGGAGCAGAGAUAAGCGACGGCCAGAAAGGGAGCGGUCAUGGACUUGGGGUGAAAGUGAGAAAGAAAGGGACUUCAAAGAGGAGAGGAGCAGAGGGAGGGAGAGGAAGGACAGAGACCGGAAGGACAGGGAUAGAGACUGGAGCAGGGAAAGAGAUACCAAGAAACAAAGAGAUGAUGAUAGGCAUCGGUAGGUGACAGUGCCUUGGUUUUGGGUAUGUUUACCAGUGUUUUAGUUGCUGAUGUUGUCUUCAGCUGUGAACAGCAUUCCCAGACACAUGGUGUUACACUCUUGUGCCUGUGACUAACCUGCUAGAAGCUCUCUGUAACUUGGUUGCUACUGCAGUUCAGAUGUGAUGAAUUGUUCAGAGAAAAUAAAUUUUUGUAUUAGUUUUUAUGAACUGCUGAAUGCUGUAAGAAAUGCACCACAUGUAGGGGCAGCCACUGAAACCAAGUGCACACCUCGAUUGGUACCCACCCAUCUGGC